CUGUUGUUUGCGGCGUCGGCGCGGCCGCGCGAGCUGGACCACAACAUUCGCCGGGCGGCGGCGGCGGCGGCGGAGCUGCGAGCGCGAGCCCGGGGCGGCCGCCCAGCGCCAUGUCGGUGAACACGGACGAGCUGCGGCACCAAGUCAUGAUCAACCAGUUCGUGCUGGCCGCGGGCUGCGCGGCCGACCAGGCGCAGCAGCUGCUGCAGGCGGCGCACUGGCAGUUCGAGACCGCCCUGAGCACGUUCUUCCAAGAAAGCAACAUUCCCAACAGCCACCACCACCCGCAGAUGAUGUGUACUCCCAGCAAUACCCCUGCCACACCACCUAACUUCCCUGAUGCGCUAGCCAUGUUCUCCAAGCUUCGAGCCUCUGAGGGCCUGCAGAACAGCAACAGCCCCAUGACAGCUGUGGCUUGCUCCCCUCCUGCAAACUUCAGCCCCUUCUGGGCUGCAUCCCCACCCAGCCACCAGACGCCCUGGAUCCCACCCUCUUCCCCCAACUCCUUCCAUCGUCUCCACUGCCCACAGCCCACGUGGCCCCCUGGAGCGUCCCAGGGGGGCGGCCAGCAGAAAGCCGUGACAGCAAUGGAUGGCCAGAGAUGAGACUGGAUGGCACUGGGCUGGAGCAGGGGGCAGUCCAGGGUUGUGGGGGACACAGAGGAGGGCUGGGGAGGGGGGGACACAAGAGGGCGGGGGAUUUCUUGAAGAUCGCACUGGAAGAUUUUAUAAGAAUUUUUGUGGGGUGGGUGGGACAGUAACCAUCCUGAGCCACUUGGGUUCUUCAGGAGUUGCUCUUUGGGAAAGGUUUUUUCCUCUUUUUAAUAUAUAACUAUAAUAUAUAUGAAUAUAAAUUUAAUGUAUGUAAGAGUGGGGCUGGCACACUGCGGUGCUGGGGUCAGAAGGGAAGGGCCUCAUAUCCUCUGCCCAUUUGGGGGAGAGCAAAGGGGUGCUCAUAGAUGAAGUGAGCUUGCAGCCAGGUGACCUGCUGCCUUCUUUAGAAGCCACAUCGGCCAUUAGGAAGCCCCGCCCCCACCUCCAAGGGAGCUCCCAGAAGGGUCCUGUUGGAAUCCUGGACUUUCCUACCCAUCACUGGUAGAUGGAGUUUUCAUUUCUGCUGGUGGUGGCCUCUCGGUGGCCCUAGAACUCGUCACCCUGUCCCCAGCUGGGUGUGCAAAGCCCACAGGACUGGAGUUGGCUGACCUCUGAGUGCAUGCUUGGCUGUCCCGACCCUUACUGUCCUGGCUGUCCCACAGGUUCCCCAGUGUCCAGCGUCAGAGGAUGACGGCUCAGGAGAGCCUGCCUUUGGAUUCCUAAAUUAAAAUCACAUUUCACCAGGGUGCAAUUUUAAUUUAAAAACUUAAAGACUUUUCUAACUUCC